CUUGUCUAUUGCUAUCGAAGAAUCCUCUCUCAUGUCAGCAAGGGUCUUCUUGGAGCGUAUAUAGUGGGGAUACUCUCCUCGAGCUUCACACACAUUUCAUCCUAUCGCAUCGUACUCGCCUCCUACAACUUUCAACCCCAGCCCACCCAAAUUCAAGCACAAUGUCGUCGCAGGAAGAAGACCAGGUCCCCGUCGUCAGCGACGAGCAGGUCGAGGCCGAGGAGAAUGCCAGCGCCGAGGACGAGCAGGCGACGCUCCCCAGCGAGGGAAAGCAGCUGGACCAGGAGGCAGGCGAGCUCGACGAGUCCAACAUCAUCUCCGACGAGUCUGGGCCCGCAGGCAAGAGCCUCAGGGGAAAUCGUGGUGAUCCCAUGGCUGCCGACAAGGAGAUCGACAAUGUCAUUGAUCAACAGGAGUAAAAUAGAGGCUUGGACGUUUGUUGGGGCUGCUUCUUUCUCUUUCGUGUAUC